GAAGCAUUCCGUUGCUUAUUUUGGACUGUGGACAUCGAUUAUACCAGUCAACUCCUGCCCCCGGAACGAAUCAGUCUAUGUAAGUAUCAAGUAUGUAAUGCAACGUCUUGAUGGAGGAAUAUAGUUCCGUGCACUGAACAUAUUCUGCGCCCGCUUAUACUCUCGUGUCGUCUCCUAUAUCCUCUACCGCCAAGGCGCCAACUAAAACUCUUUAUCAAUCCAUUUUCAUUCCAAAUUUGUGGUACUGAAUUCAGGUGAUUUUGGUGGGCAUUGGUGCUGUAUAUUAUGACUGAAACUCAUUGCACUUCAAGUGGAAGAUCAAGCUCAAGUGAGAAUACUAGCCUACCUGAUACAGAAGAUGACCAAACGAUUGCGCAAUUAUUAGCCGAGGAAGAGAAGUUGAGUUAUGGUGGAAACCAACAGCUUGGCAGGAGGCUCUCUCAUUUGGACUCGAUUCCGCAUACACCUCGAGUUAUCAGCGAUAUACCUAAUGCAGAUGAUGCAACCUUAGAUCAUAGUCGGCUAGCUGAAAGAUUGAAAACAUAUGGGUUGGCUGAACUACAGAUAGAGGGAGAUGGUAAUUGUCAGUUUCGAGCAUUAGCAGAUCAGUUAUUCCAAAAUCCAGAGUACCACCGACAUGUGAGAAAGGAGGUUGUCAAGCAGCUAAAAAACUGUAGAAAGCUGUAUGAAGGCUAUGUACCAAUGAAGUAUAGAAGGUACUUGAGGAAGAUGAAAAGAACAGGAGAAUGGGGAGAUCAUAUCACCUUGCAAGCAGCUGCAGAUCGUUUUGCAGCCAAAAUUUCUCUAGUCACCUCUUUUCGAGACACUUGCUACAUUGAGAUUUUGCCUUAUGACAGAAAAUUCCAUAAAGAAAUUUGGCUGAGCUUUUGGAGUGAAGUCCACUAUAAUUCGUUGUAUGAUAAUGGAGAUGUGCCAGCAAGGAUUCCAAGGAAAAAAUAUUGGCUGUUUUAGAGGUUUCAACAUACUAGUAUUUUGAUCUAUGUAUAAUUAAAGGUAUCGAUCUGAAAGAUGGUCUUGUUAUCGGUUGAUGGGGUUUAAGUAAUUUAGUUAUGUAUUAACUUAAUAUAUCACGAAAGCCUACUGAUUCUAGUCUUGUAUAAUAAUCAUGUCUUUCAUCUUAUCUUGUAAAAUAGUUCUUAUGUCAA